AUCCAUGGGAGAGGAUGGCUCACACAGGGGAUCCUGGUUUGUCCCCUCGUCCAUCCAGCCGCUGUUCCUAUCCCAGCUAUCCCCCUCUGCAGACCUGGCCGUUGCGGUUUUCCUCAUCUUCACAGGUGUCACAUCAGUGCUGGGGAAUGGUAUGGUUCUGCUAGUCUACUGUAGAAAAAAAAAGAAGCUCAGACCUCCAGAGCUCAUGACCAUCAAUCUGGCCCUCUGUGAUUUUGGGUUCAGCCUCUUGGGAGCACCAUUUUUCAUCACUUCCAGCCUCUGUCAUGCCUGGGUGUUUGGGGAGAUAGGAUGCCUUUGGUAUGGCAUUCAGGGCUUUGUGUUUGGCAUCGGCUCCCUGCUUACCACCUGUCUCAUCUCUCUGGACCGAUGCCUAAAGAUCUGCUGCUUAAGAUAUGGUCAAUGGAUCGAGAGGCGCCAUGUAUCUCUGUCCAUAGCUUUGGUGUGGGCUUACACAUUAUUCUGGGCUUCUCUGCCUGCUUUUGGCUUUGGGAGCUAUGGACCAGAACCUUAUGGGACCAGCUGCACCAUCAACUGGUGGAGAAUGAAGUUGUCUCUGAAUGACAGAAUCUAUAUCUUCUUCAUCCUGACAUUAUGCUUCGGAUUUCCCACACUCAUCAUCAUCACUUCAUACUUGGCCAUCCUGCUGACUGUCUACAGAUCGAAUCGCAACUUAGCAUCUAUACCGUCCUCUUCUGUCAGUCACACCAGCAAAGACCUGAGACUUGCAAAGAUGGCUGCAGUGGUCUGCGCCUCCUUCCUCCUGGCCUGGAUGCCCUAUGCCACUGUGUCUCUGAUCUCUGCCCUCAUCCCCAGAGAUGACCAAGAGGCAGCAAGCACUUUACAGCAUGUGGCAGAGGAGUCCAGUGGCAUGGCCUCCAACUCUCCGAAGCUCCUGGACGUCCCCUCACUUCUCAAUUGGACCAUCACAGAAUAUUAUAGACCAAUAUACUACAACCCUGAGGAGAAGUGGGGUCAUGUGGCCAGCAGGCAUCCCACCUCAGGCCUGAAUGCUACCACAUUCAGCUCCAUGCUUGGCAAAGAAGCUGAGUCAAUAGCCAGGAGCCCCCAGCCAUUCUCCUGUCUGCCGCCUGUAUUCACUUUGAUCCCUGCUAUGUUUGCCAAGUCCCACUGCAUGAUCAAUCCUUUAAUUUACCAGAUCAUGAACAGGGAGUUCAGGGAUGAUGUCUAUGUGAUGGUGUUUGGUCGAGAGAAGGCAGAGAGGAGGCGAAUACAGGGGAGGAAGGAUAGUUCAUGUGAAAGAAGCAUCAGCCUCUCCUAUUGUCACAGCUGGAGGAGGAAGAGGAGCAACUCCAUGUACCUGUCUGUAGAAAGCAGAAACAAAAGUCUGAAGGAAGAGAAGAACCAGGGGAGCAAUAGUGGGGGGAAAACAGGCUCCUGGGUUGGUAAUAUCUCAGCAGAGGCUGAUGCGCUGGACUUUGCCUCCUUGGACACACAAGCAGGACAUCUCGCCGAGGCACAGACGGCCGCUGUUUUACAGCCUUCCUCGCAGCCCGUUUGGGAGACGCCGGAUGUUUUGUUGCAGACCGUCAGAGACCACUGA